CACCCCGCUGCAAUCUGACACGCCCACGUACCAAGAAAGGCAAAAUAAUAUAAAAACAAAAAGAGAGCAGCUCAUAAGAAAGACAACAUCAUGGAGCUGGAGAACGUUUAUUACACCAAGGGCGACUACGUUGAGACGGCGUCCGGCAACAAGGUGUGCAGACACACGGUCCUCUGCGGCUCGCAGAACAUCAUUCUGCACGGCAAGACAAUCGUGCAGCAGGACGCCAUCAUCAGGGGCGACCUGGCCAACGUGCGCUCCGGCAGGUACUGCAUCAUCAGCAAAGGCGUCGUCCUGCGGCCGCCGUUCAAGAAGUUCAGCAAGGGCGUCGCCUUCUUCCCCCUGCAGAUCGGCGACCACGUCUUCUUUGGCGAGGGUGCGGUGGUGAACGCUGCUGUGAUCGGCAACUACGUGUACAUCGGCAAGAACUGCAUCAUCGGACGAAGGUGUGUCCUGAAGGACUGCUGCUAUAUUGCUGACAACACCGUCCUGCCGCCGGAGACAACGGUGCCGGCUUUCGUACACGUCGCUGGGUCUCCAGGGGUCAGUGUCGGGGAACUGCCCGAGUGCACUCCAGACCUGAUGACUGAAUACACCAAAAGCUACUACCAACACUUUGUGCCCCACGCAUUGUGUUAGGGAAUGAUAUUAUUUUUAAUUUAUUUUAUUAUUAAAAAUUGUUGGAAAAAGUCUUUGCAGUGCAUUCUGUCAAUAGAUUUAACUUAAUUUUUAUGGAAUAUAUGUUUUAUUUAUCAUCAAUUUAUUGUUAAAAACGGUUAUAAAUUAAAUAACAUAAUUAUGUGCAUCUUAUAGAUGCUCCGUCAAUAAAAAUCAUUUAAUACCAUUUGCGAAACCUUA